UGUUUAUGGCCAUUUUAUUUUGAAAGUUUUCAUUAAAUAAUAGACUGUUUGUUAGUUCCAAUAUUAGCUCGACUUUAGUUUAAAUUAUUGUUAUACUGUUUCGCUGCAGUCGAGGAAUGCGUUCUCUGGUGACAUUCGCUGCAAUACUUGUUGCUGUAACAGCAGACUCCAGAAUCUGGGAGAAACACCGCGGAAAAGUUUUAAGGGGUAAAUACAGUUCUGGAGUGUCCGAGUACAACUAUCUAGAAGAAGCACAGAUUGAGUGUAUGAUGCGAUCUGAUUGUGGUGGUAUCACCUACAUCAAGUCCUCUCAAAAGUACUCUCUGAGAAGCGGUGUCAACCUCGUGGACGCUCCCAAGGGCAAGAAAGCAACCUCCUGGCUCCUCAUGAUACCGAUCCGUGAAACAGAAUUUGAGACAGAUUUAGCGGAAGGCAGGGUUAUGUCAUGCUCUGGAAAGGAGAUAAACGAAAUGGGUUGUUCUUGUCUCGCGGAUCUCUACAAUGUAAAUGGAUGCGCUUCAAACCUUAGCUAUGAUACCGGCAGUUGUGUCACGUACAACCACCACUGUAAGCAGCUAAAGGACGGGAAGAAGAAGGAGAAGACUUGUUGCAGAGCUAUCAUGUGCUACAUCAAUAAAUACAACUGCUAAGUGCAGUCUUUUAACCUGUAAACUAUAAAGUAUAUUAUAUGGAUUUGGACCUUUACUUGAAAUCUGAGUGAGACUGUUCUUUUUUGAUAUUAAACUUCAUUAUAUAACUCAACUGUCGUUGAGAUUAAAAACCAUGAUUUACCUUUUGAGG